UUUACUGCCGUCGCCUUAUCCAAUGCUCCGCAGCAAUUUUCAUUGUCAUUGUUUUCCUAUGGUCGAUGUUUGAUGGCGGACAAGCUUCUUAAUGAGAACAUUCUCGAGCAAAUCAGAAAUGGGAUUGCAAAGUUCGAGCUUGUGUCUUCCCCUGUUUCGUCUAUUGCAACUCCAAGCGUCUUUCACACAUUGCCCACAGCUUUCCUAGGAAAUAACAGCAAUCGAUUCUUUGCUAGAAUUGGACCUUCUCUGGGAGGUGAGUCGCCAGCAACGAGGAAAGUUGAGCAUUUUUCAGUUCACAAAGUUACUGGGGAUGGCCGCUGCCUAUUUCGAGCACUGGUCAAAGGGAUGUCGUUCAACAAGGGUAUUGCUUUAAGCCCCCGGGAAGAGAGAUAUGAUGCAGAUGAAUUACGAAUGGCUGUGAAAGAGGUUUUAUGUGAUAGUGGUAAAGAGCGGCAGCAGUAUGAAGAUGCUUUGAUUGCAAUUACAGUAGAGGAGUCUUUGAAACGUUACUGCCAACGCAUUCAACGACCUGAUUUUUGGGGAGGCGAGUCGGAGCUCCUGGUGCUUUCAAGACUGUGUGGUCAGCCAAUAGUUGUUUAUAUCCCAGAGCAUGAGCAUAGAAAGGCUGGUUGGGGCUCAGGUUUUAUUCCCAUUGCAGAAUAUGGAGCUGAGUUCCGCAAGGGCUCCAGAAAAGGAAAACCGAGGAAAGUUGUGAGGCUCCUUUAUAGCGGUAGAAACCAUUACGAUCUACUUGUCUGAGAGAAUUUGCUACAAAUGAACAGAUUAAAACACUGAAUCUUACCAAUAGAAUAUGAUUAACAGAACAGAGUGGGGUGUUCUCAACACAUUUUUGUAUCUUUAUUCAUGGAAGAUGUACCAUGUCACUCUCUCUUUCUUGCUCUUGCUCUAUGUUUCCAGGUUCAUAUCAAUUUCACCAAUUGGUUUAGCCAGUUGAUUCUCCUCCUAAAUAACUUUUUACGAGGAGGAAAAUUUGUUUGAACUCUGAAAUUUCUUAAAUGUUUGGCCGGUGGUUACUGUUUGAACAUCGAUUGUGAUCUAAGUUUGAUACUAAUGCAUUUGGUACUGAAAUCCAAAGUCAGAAUUCAUUCCCAUGCCUUCUUAUUUAAACAUGACAAAGCUUGCAUUUCAACCUCCACUUUUUCCCAAAAGAGGGCCCCCAGAGAAAAAAUAUGGCUCAACAGCAUCCUGAGGGGUUGCUUUCAUUGGAUGAGACAGACAUGCAAAUGCUUUCAGAUAUGGAAGAUGAGGAUUCGAAGGC